AUUUCCACAUAAUUCCCACACGUUUAGUUCGCCAACUGCCGUCGUAGACUUGCAUACGUUGCUGUAUUUAUAGCGGAUCUGUUGAGAAAAGUCUGAAAAGUCAUGGGAAGUGUGUUUUUACCGCAUCUUAGGACUGGGUGGCACGUCGACCAAGCUAUUCUGUCUGAGGAGGAGAGAUUAGUCGUCAUCCGCUUCGGACGAGAUCAUGACGAACAAUGCAUGCUCAUGGACGAGCUGCUGUACCGGAUUGCCGACCGAGUCAAGAACUUUGCGGUGAUUUACGUGUGCGAUAAUCAGGAGGUGCCUGAUUUCAACAAGAUGUACGAGCUAUACGAUCCUUGCACGAUUAUGUUCUUCUUCAGGAACAAGCAUAUGAUGUGUGAUUUUGGCACCGGAAACAACAACAAACUGAACUGGGUGCUCGACGACAAGCAAGAGCUUAUUGAUAUCAUCGAAGCAAUCUACAAGGCGGCCAAGAAAGGUCGCGGUCUUGCUAUAAGUCCAAAGGAUUACUCCACCAAAUACCGAUACUAGAUAGUCCUCCAAUG